AUGGCCAUGGAAAUUUGGAACAUUAACUUGUACUAUGAAGAUGAGAAAAAAAAUCGUAAAGUUCUUGAAGCAUCAAUGGACAGGACCAAUAUCUCCUUUUAUGACUUGGUCAACUUGAUUGAAGGUGUUGGCUUCUCGGGGAUUGAUUACCUCUACUACAGGAAGAAAUACCCUCGCGGCAAGGGCCAUCUAGUACACAUCGAUAACGACACUCAUGUGCGGAAAAUGAUAACUGAGCACAAUAAGGAGAAGAGGGUACAGUUGUACGUGUAUAAGGAGAGGGCCAACAUUGAUGUUGCUCCAUCAGAACCUCAGGGUGAGGAUGAUGGACCCAUUACAAGCUUUGAGGAGGAGGAUGCCUUCCCUGAAGGAGCAACACAAACUAGGACGAGCAAGUCACAAACAAUGGUGCGUAAAUCAAAAAGAUUGAAUGUGGUUCAGAGCCGUGCUCAGUACGCCAAUGGAGACUUCGCCAAUAGUGAGCAAUCUCGGUCAUCACGUGAUGGUAAAGCUGUUGACAAACGUGGAGCACAUUCCCUGCCAGCUGUUUGGAACAUGCCAGAUGGAGCACGCAUAGUUGUAAAAUGUAAUAAUCUUGGCCAGCCUAUUGGGGACGAAGGUGGAGUCCUAGGGAAGUUUCUUGGCACAAUAGCUAGACUUGGGGGCUAUUGCCCACUUGACAAAAAGGAUUGGCGUAAUGUCAAGAAGGAUGGUGGGGCUGACACAAUACUUCAGUGUGUACAGACAAAGUUCUUGUAUCCUGCUAAAUGUGAUAAGUGGAUAUUAAAAACUAUCGGACGAGAUUGGAGAAAAUUCAAGGCUGGUCUUAAGAAAGAAUUUUUUAAUGCAAAGAAAAAAAGAAAAGCUCUGUAUAAGCUUUGUCCAGAAUAUGUGGACAGCGACCAAUGGCGUGAACUUGUCAACUAUUGGAAAUCCAAAGAAGGAAGGGCAGUUAGUGAGAAGAACAAAAUUAGCCGAGCAUCUGUGAAAACAUCUCAUACAGCUGGUACAAAGAGUUAUGCUCGUUGGGCUGAGGACCUUCGACAAGAAGAUCCUGAAAAGAAACAACCACAUAGAGCGAAGGUUUAUUUAGCGACUCAUAGAAAAAAAGAUGAAGAAAGAAAUAAACAUGUGGCUGACUUGGCUGACUUGGAAAAGCUAAUACAUAACGAACCAGAGCUAGCACAAAGUGACCAUGGAAAAGUUGCAUGGAAAGGUGAUGCAUUACAUACAAUUUUGGGGGAAGAAAAGCCUGGACAAGUGCAUGGCAUGGGUUUGCUUCCAGUGCCUAACCAAGUUUAUGGUCGGUUACCACGCUAUCUCAAGAACAUCAAUAUGACUACAACAAACGGGUCAUCACAUGCCGGAGAGAGUGAUGUUAUGGAGGAAAUAGCAAAGCUCAAGCGGCGUAUAGAAGAGCAGGGCCAACGCAUAGAAGAGCAAGACCAAAUUAUUGAAGGAUUUAGAAACCAGGAUGAAGUAUGUGGCCAAUUUCCGCCAAGGCAAUGA